GUAGUUACCAACGAGACGCAGAGGGAGGGGCAACUGCCGCGGCCGACCGCUCUUCCGUGUAGCGUCCUCGCACGUCCCCUAGUGGCAGCCGGCGUGCAAGCGAGCCUCUGGCUUUGAGGCUCCGCAGCUAGUCAGUCGCCUUGGGUCUGGCGUGGCCCGGGAUCAGCGAGCGUGCCCAACUCCCUGUCCGCCCCAGCGCCAGGCGAGGGGCGACGCCUCGAGGUACAAUCUAGGAGGUGCGGGAGGCUAACUCUGCGUAGGCCCUGUUGAGAAUCCUGAGGCUCUCGGCGGUGCGGGAGCGGAGGCGAUGGCGGAGGAGCAGGAAUGUGAUUUCAAGAAGUCAUGUGCCGACUCUGAGGCAGCGGCGGCUGCAGAACCUCUGGGAUCCCCUUCGGAGACCACCGCCGUCGCCGCAGAGUCGCCGGAGCUCGAGAACUACAGUAGCAAGUGCGUGUUCUGCCGGAUCGCGGCGCAGCAGGAUCCCAGCACUGAACUCCUGUACUGUGAGAAUGAAGACCUAGUUUGCUUCAAAGAUAUCAAGCCAGCAGCACCUCAUCAUUAUCUUGUGGUGCCAAAGAUGCAUAUUGGAAACUGCAGAUAUCUAAAGAAAGAUCAGAUAGAACUGGUUGAGAACAUGGUAACUGUUGGAAAAACCAUUCUUGAAAGGAAUAAUUUCACUGACUUCAAAAAUACGAGAAUGGGUUUCCAUGUGCCACCAUUCUGUUCCAUUUCCCAUUUGCACCUUCAUGUUCUGGCACCAGCCGAUCAGCUUAGCUUCUUAUCAAAAUUGGUUUAUAGAGUGAAUUCCUAUUGGUUUAUCACAGCUGAUUAUUUGAUUGACAAACUAAGAACAUGAAAAUGUCAACAGUGGAAGAUUUUCCUAAUUUUAGCUCAACAUAAACUAAUAUUCUGGUCUCUUUGAAGUCUAAUUACAAUUGGGUUUUAUGUGAAGCUAUUACUGGGUAGUUUUAAAUUGUUUCUUAAUGUUUGUUUCCUGAAAUCUGUGAUAUAGUUAUAUGAAUAUUUUGUCAUUGACUUUGUUUUAGUGGUUCCUUGUCUAAGGUAUAAGAUACUAUAGAUAAAAUCCCAUUAAAACAAAUUCUGUUAAUCAAGAAGGGCUCUGUAUUUUUUUAAAGUUCAAACAUUUUAAUUUCUCAAUAGUCAAUUAUAAUAGUGAUUUAUUUAUGAAGAAUAAACUGGUUUAAAAAGUACUUUGUUGGAGCCUUUAUUAUAUGAAGGAGAAAUAGAAAUUAUUUCUUGAUUGUUCUAUAAUUUUACACACAAAAUUUCAAAAUAAACAGUACUGUACUACACAGUGA